GCAUGAGAUAGAAAAAGCUUUGUUAUUACUUAACAACGAAAAUUAAGUGUAUCAAACAUAAAUUUUAACCUUCCACGAAUAACUCACAUAAGAAAUUUACAAUAAUAUUAUAAUGUGGAAUAUAAGUUGUUUAAGAACUGAAACUCGCUUUUUCAUAAAAUAAUAAAACGCUCAUAUAAUAUCCUUAUAAGGAGCAAGUAAUACUUAAUUUAAAGAUUCAAUUAAUUAUAAUAAUUAUUAUAAGAGAACUGGUUCUUCACAUUUUGGUGGCAUUAAUACAGGUAUACAUAGAGAUUUUAACUCUUUAGAUAUAUCAAAUGUAUUUAUUAAUGAGGAUACCUUUGGGUAUUUUGGUAAUAAGAGCAGUUAACUAAUUUGCAGAUUUAAUAAUCAUUAAAGUUUAUUUUAAUAACACUCUCAAAAGUUUAUUUAAUGAAUUUAUUAUAAAUAUUGAGUUAAAUGAAUACAAAUCAAUCCCUCAUACUCAUACUGUGUGGGGAUUUUAACUAUUAAAAUAGCUCUUCGCCUAUGUUAAAUUAUCUGAUAUAAGGAAGAAAACUUUUAAAAUAACAAUUUUCGGUCAAUAAGUUACUUCGAUAACAGAUCACUUAUUAAUUAAUACAGAUGGAUAGUAAUAAAUUUUUGUUAUGGGCCAAAAUCUCUGAUCAU